CUAAACAUUGUGGUUAGGUGUUGACCUAAAUCUCGCGAGAUCGUGUUUGCUGCGGAGUUGCUAGUGUCCCUCGGAAAAUACCGUGAGACAUUCGGUAACGUUAGAGGACUACUCGACUAAGCCCUUCUUUAUAAUCUAUCUCUACUGGACAAGGGAAACUUUGCAGGAAGGUAUCUGUAAUCAAGGUUGCAGCCACGCUCGGAAGUUUAAGAACUUCAUCUGAAUCAUGGGGAACAUUUUUGGGAAUUUGCUGAAGAGCCUCAUAGGGAAGAAGGAGAUGAGGAUCUUGAUGGUGGGGCUGGAUGCUGCAGGAAAAACAACAAUCCUCUACAAGCUCAAACUGGGGGAAAUAGUCACCACUAUCCCAACAAUUGGGUUUAACGUGGAGACAGUGGAGUACAAGAACAUCAGCUUCACUGUGUGGGAUGUGGGUGGACAGGAUAAGAUCCGGCCACUCUGGAGACACUACUUUCAGAACACACAGGGUCUAAUCUUUGUGGUGGACAGUAAUGACAGAGAGCGUGUGAACGAAGCACGAGAGGAGCUGAUGAGGAUGUUGGCUGAGGACGAACUGAGAGAUGCAGUCCUCCUCGUGUUUGCCAACAAACAGGAUUUACCGAAUGCCAUGAAUGCUGCCGAGAUCACAGACAAGUUGGGCUUACACUCCCUGCGCCAUCGUAACUGGUACAUCCAGGCCACCUGCGCCACCAGUGGCGACGGUCUCUAUGAGGGCCUUGAUUGGCUGGCCAAUCAACUCAAGAACAAGAAAUAAGAAGACAACUGGAACAAGCCACCACACCCUGCCGAGUUUUCGUUUGAUUUGGGAAUGGGGCAGCGUGCUAGGUACAGGGGUUUCGAUUAGUGGGUGAAAAGCAAGAUUCUGGGUUGGGAAGAUUUUAGGCUUUCGUUUUCAAUCUCCUGAGGUUCCUAAUAGUUUUCAGGGCUCAUUAAAAACAGAUUAUUGUGUGCUUUAUAUUUAACCUCUCAAUCACACAAACACACAAAUGCACACCAACCAUAAGCAAUUACAGCAGACACUUGCUUUUCCUGUGUCGACCCCUUGUAUUUAGGUGCAAUGUACUGUAUGUUCGUAUCUAGGUGCUCUAAGAAGUCAUGUGUGACUCCACUGAGUCAGCAAUGAGUUAAAUAUGACUUUUUGUUGGUGUAUGUCUUUUAAAUCAUCUAUGGACUUUCAGUCAUCCAUAAAAAGAAUGGUUGUUGGGUCAGUUUUUUUUUUUCAAACAGGGCCAUGUUUGGAAAAGUCACAGCUAGCAGAUUCAUGUGACCGUUAUUCUACCUUCUAAUUUUGAAGCACUUUAAUACUUAAAGUGUGUAGGUGUGUGAACAUGCACAUAUACUGUAUGUGUUUUUUCAAACGGCCCAGUAUCAAUCAUGAAAAAGACAAGAGGACUGGCGUUUUCCCUCUCACAUGUCCACUUACUGUCUCAUGUAGGAAAUCUUUUUGAUAUUUUUGGCAUGUUUCUACUCUCCAUAUGGCAACCCGACGUCUUAAAACAGCCCUUCUCAACACGUUCUCAGCCGCCCGAGUUGCAUGCGUCCUGGUAGAUCUAGCUGACAUUGUUGCAUACUUUUCCAUCCUUGGAGCUGCAUGCUUGUUGACGCUGUUUGUAGAUUUUCUCUAACUGCCAUCAUUGUGUUAUGAUGCUGUUUAUAGUAGGCUGCAGAAACUAAGCGAACCACCAAUUCCUGCAUUUAGUUGUCAACAUGCGCUAAAUACAGUACAGUAAGCUUUAUGGUCUUUUUUUAAUUUAUUUUUUUAAAUGUGAAAGCAGUAUACAAGAGACAACACACAUGACCUGCACAGCUGCUGCUCCUCUGCCUUCAUGUGUGUCCAUAAGAGGACUCAAACCACCUCAGGCUGCUCUCGCUUUGUGUGUUUUUGUCUCAGACUUGCAUAUCGGGGGAUGAUAACUGUUACUGAAUGUGAAUAUUGUCAAUGAAUCUAUAAAUGGCUGUACUAUUUAUUUGACAUCCAUAUAUUAUACCUUUUUAUUCCAGUGAUAAUUGUGUAAAGAAAGCAGGGUAAGCAGAUCAAUUUAGUCAUUGGUACAUCCACGACUCACUAUUGAACAGCAAACGAGUUACUGCGUCACCACAGAUACCAGCAGAAUCCACAGACUUCUUGUGUGCCAAACAUGGGUACUAUUACUCAUGUACCACGGACAGUACAACAUACUUUAAAUCCACUCCACUAAGUUAUGAGUGCAUUGUUCAUAUUCACCACAGUUCAAGAUGAUUAGGCAAAGAUUUAGUCUUUUUGUUUUUCGACUUUACUUGACUUGGCGGUAGAUUUUCUAGGUUUUCUUUGGGUUGUAAACUUUGGUGUAGACUGUGUCUGUGAAAACAAUGAUAAUCAGUACGAA